AUGACGGCUGAAACAACGUCUGCGACCAGGAUCAAGCAGGUCUUUGCGGAGGUCGCUCCACGAGUUUCUUUCGGCACUAUGAGACGGCGCAUUCUGCUCGGAUACUUCUCGGUCGCUGGUUUGAUGAGCGAAGUGUUGAGGUCGCCUUGGGAUGACGGCGAUGAAGCUGAAAUUGAUACUGGUUCCGCUGGACGCAUUCAGGCUGAGAAGAUCUCGGAACUGCUUGAAGUCCAGAAAGCACAAGUGGCUGAGUUCGUGGCGGCCGUCACUGCAGCUGACCAGGGCGCUUCUGGUCGGCGGAGGCUGAAAAUGCCGGAGGAUGGUACCGGCUUUUCACUGGAAGAGUUUGCCAUCAUCGUUUUCCUUUGCAAGCCAAUUGACAAGAGUCUUGAAGACCUUGCGGCAGAGUUGUCGCCAGGUGACCGUGACCGUGCGCUGUCCUUUGAAGAAUUCCAGCGCUACGUAAUCAAAGAAGGUGACCGACCUGGUCCUACUUUGCGGGCGCUUCCCAAAGUGAAGGCGAAAGCCGCCUCGAAGGCGAAAGCCGCCUUGGAUAGCGCAAAACGGCAGAGUGCUCCCAUGACAAAAGUGCCAACCAUGAAGUCGGCAGCAGGUUUGUCAUCCUUUGGCGGGAUUCUGCCGGCCAGAUGCACUGCAGCAGAGCUUCGACUCGCCUACGAGGCCUUAGAGCGGCCUGGGCAAAGCGUGACAGUCAACUCCAUCUUGACAUCUUUGUGCAACAUCACCGAUGUGCUGGCCAUCGACCAGCGAAGCUACCAGGGCGGUGACCGCAUCAUCUGCCGUGUGCGGCUUGGCAGCGAGCUAGCACCGCUCUGCGGCAAGUGCCCGGUACUGGCCCUGGUCCCAUCACGACUGUUCUGGAACGAGGAGGAGGGCACCAAAGGCUUUUGGUCACUGGAUGGGCAGAAGGUCAAGAGCUUCUCACAGAUUGGAUGUCUACCACAUCCUCUUCCAGGACCAUCCGCCUCAAUGAGAGAUUGUGUGGUGUGGCUCACAGCCCCAUGGAGCGUGAGCGGCCAUCGAGCAUAUGACAUCCGCCUUUUCUGCUCGGAGCAGCACCGCGUGCCUGGCAAGCAGGUUGGGGGUUCCGUCAGCUUCGUGCUGCAGCUGCCAAUGCCGCCAGAGCCUGCAGCGGAGAAGCCUUACAUGCAGAUGGGUGAGACGAGCUGCGCUGUCUCUCUGCGCUUGAAGCCACCCCUUGCGGCCAACUAUUGCCCUCCGAUUCAGAAGUACAUCCUGCAUAUCGAGCCGGUCCUUCCCGCCAGACAAGAGAUCCUGGAUUGCCAAGAGGGCGCUCAAGUUAUGCACGUGAAGAGCCUACAAUGUGGUGUAACGUAUCGCUUUGCUGCGCAGUGUGUCUACCAGGUAAGCGAUCCUGCAAACGGCGAGAGCAAGGAGGUGAAAGGAGCUUGCAGUGAGCUAUGUGCACCGCAGACGAUGCCAAGCUGCCCGGUUCCUCCGAAUCCAGGCGUGCCAGAGGUGAGGCUGCUUCCUGACACCGGUCAGAUGGAAAUACUGGAGAUCCUGCUGCCCGUCCCUAAUGGUGCAACAGAUGUCAGGCCUCACCAUGAGGUGGAGUACCGAGCGGCAGGUGCAGAUGAGUGGAAGAGGAUUGAUGGCAGUCGGCUUUUCUUCAGCCACGAGCACAAGUGGGACGAUCGACUCGACAGCUUUGUAUCCUCCUGCAUGCUCAUGGGCCUAAAGCCAGUGCUUCCUGAGCGAAACGGAGUGGAGUUCCGGGUUCGGUCGACCAAUGUGGAAGGGCAGUCAACAUGGAGCGCGACGUCUGCCGUCCUCAAGCUGCGGGAGAAAGAGGAGGAUGCCAACGCCGACCAAUCGGAGCUUCAAGUCACGGCCAUGGAUGUUUUGGCCAUGACUCCUGCAAUUCUAGAGCAGGAGGGCGCGGGCAAGCUCGAGGGAGGUGGUAAGCGAGGCUUGCGCACGCACUGCCGGCUGCAGUGGAUCGAGGAAGAUGGUCCCGACGUGAAGUACCAAGUCGAAGCGCGGGAGGAGCGCUUGCCAUUCUAUGUCGUUUGGAGCAUCCUUCCGAUGUAUCACCGAACGGAGGUGAGAAACGACAAGGUAUACAGCGAAGUUCUCGUCUCAGGCUUGGAGCAGUUCCCGGCCGCCGAGCCUUUGGCGUUGCGAGUGGUCAAGCUUGCCUCGGGAAAAGCUGCUCACAGUGUGCGAGCGACGCUGCGGAUGAAUGGUGUCGUUGGGCCUCCUGCUGCAGAGAAGUUGGAGGUGACGAGAACACUCACUGCCCCUGGAAGUAAGCUUCCUCUAGCCGAAGUCUCCUGGACAGCGGAGAAGGACAGCGGCCUCAAGGGUUUCGGUUACGUCGUGGAGGCGUCCUGGGAGCUGGAUGCUUCCCGUAGAUCGGACUGGAGCUCGACGGCCGCCGCGGUGAUGCAGGUGGAAAGCCAAUCCAGCCCGACGGGGUUUGUGAACCUCGGCUUUGUUCCGCUGCACAUGCCGCAGGAAGGUGCAGGCUCAUCCCGCUGCUGGUUGCGAGUGCGUUGCCAGAGCAACGACGGCCGCCUUAGCGACGCAUUCGCGGAGGCGGAGGCCCCGGUGGUCCUUGCCGAUGCGCUGCUGGCGGCAGAGGCCGCGCAGGAGGCCCUGAGGAAUGCUGCACCGAAAGCGGCUCCACGACGCCCGCAGCAGUUGAACAUCCUUGGUGGCAGCAGGAAUCUCUGGCAGGUUUCCUGGGAACAAAGGGGCAAGCUGGCUGCAGAUAUGCUGUUCGAAGCGGAAAUCUGCUUCCGCACCGCGUUGGACGCACAGGACUGGAAGCCGGUGCGGAGCUUCUUCCUGCCUCAGCGGUCUGAAGAUGUGGCAGAGGAAGGGACCCAGGCCACAACUCUCACAGCUGCUGUGGAGCUGGUCGACUCUGAGACCAUGCCCGAGGAGGCUUGGCGGCUCCGCGUCCGAGCAGCGGGUGGCAACUGGUCCACGCCAACUCCAUGGAAGGAGCAGGAUGACAGCCAGGAGGUAUUUCUCCUCCAGCUGGCGAAGCCAGAAGUCAGGGGCAAUGCCUUCUCCUUCUCAUUGGAGUUCGAUGUGGCCGUAGAUGGUGACAUGCCGGCUCAACUUCCCCGCGGAAUCGGAUUUGAAGUUCAGGUCCAAGGCAGGAAACGCCGGGCAAGCAGCAAGUUCUGCGACUGGACCGGCUUGCGCAGCUUUUGCACUGCACCGGAACAGGUGGAAGACACCUCGACUGUCCUGGUGCGAGCCCUGGUGGAGAGGGCGACAGUCGCAGAGGCCAUCAAAGCCAGCUUCGGGUACGAGGAGCUCCGCUUCCGGGUGCGUGCCAGCAGCCCUCAGGGCUACAGCUCCCCCUCAGAGCCAUCGGAGACGUUGGCGCUGCAAAUGGAGGGCCAGGCCAGCAAGGCCAUGCCACCCCUGCCGACCUUCCUGGGCAGAGGUUUCCUUCUUAUGGAGGAUGUGGAGAGCAAGAGCCUGACUCACUCGGAGAUCCUUCAGCUGUGCUGGCCCAAACCCGAGCUGGACGUGGGCGAGCUGAAUGAUGGACUGCCCCCUUUGGAGUACAAACUUGAGCAGCAGCACCAAAUUGGCGAAGAGGAGACGGACUGGGAGCCCGUUCCGACAGCCAUGCUCUUCUCGGAGCCAGCCUCCCAGAACAUCUCCGCGCUACUGCCUCUGGAGCAGGACAUCGACGAGCUGGAUGAAGAUGAUCUCGAGUAUGCCGAGCAAGAAGGCCGACUUUUGUUCCAAACGAGUCCGACCCCUUCGGAAGCUCGCUUCAGGCUUUGCGCAGAUCGGCCCUCGAGCGACAUCUCCAAGUUCGAGCCUGUCCACUCAAAACCAUCGGAGGUACUGGCCUGGAAACUGCCAGACCUUCCGAGUGAGCUGCAUGUGGUGGGUCAGUCUUGCAACAUGAUAUGCUUGAUCUUCAACUGGCCAAGACUCUCGCAAGUCUGCGGAGGCCACCUCUGGGCUUGCGUCGAGGCGCUCCCGUCCUCGGACAAGGACGGCGAAGUGGAGUUCGGUGAGGAAAGUGUCGGCCAAAGCAUCAUAGGCAUGUCUCCUUUAGUUUGGCAGCCAGCGAUCGAGCUGCAGCCAAUCUGCAAGCACUACGUGGGCCAGGGUGACAGUGACCCGACGACAGCCAGUGAGCUCGUCGCCAAGGCUUGUGCGGCCGCAACGAGCGACACUUGUGUUGGCCUCACUCCGCUGCCCGACAUCUGCGCUUCAAGUGCUUGCGUCCGGAUUCGCCUUCAGCUCUACGUAAGGCAGUCUAUCCAUCAAAGCGGCUGGAGCCAGCCGUUGAGGCUUGAUAAGCUCGCCGCAGCGGCUGUGCCGACCCCACAGAAGAUACGCACGCUACAUCUGCAAUAUCCGGACUGGACUUGCAUUCUUCCCGGUCUUGAUGAGACCUCUGGCAAGUUCUCGCCACGCCUCGUGUUGCGUGAGACUGUUGAUGGAGAGGAUCCUCGCGAGACCACUCUGCUGGACGAGGCCAGUGACCUGAACCUCCCGAGCCUGAAGCUCAAGUUCGAGGUCGUGCAAGGAGACCUGCCGGCUUGUCUUCUCCUGGACUGCGCGAGUGGCUCCAUUUCCUGGAGGCAUGUGCUGGUGGACGGGGACUCUGUUUCAGAGAAAUCCAUGCAGUCUGUCAUGGAUGCCUUCGCCAUCCAGGUGUCUGUCAUGGCUGGCAGCAAGAGCGAGCUCGGCCUCGAGGUGCCCUCGGCGCUCUGUGCAUCCACGGUCCUUCACCUGGCGGCUGCGCCCAGCAUCUUCCGCGGCGACGACGCGGCCUGGGAGUUCCUGGGAGGCAUCCUGAAGGGGCCAGCGCUCGAGGUGCUCAGCGAACGAGGCAUAGAAGCGCUGCAGGCGGCAUCUGAGCUUCUUCAGGAUCAAGAGCUUCUCGAAGGCUUUGCGGACUUUUGUGAAGUCCUGGCCAGUGACGUUGGGUUUCCUGCCUUUGAGAUCGUGAUGCGCAUCUUGGAGCUGCCCGCCGAGUACAUGGAGCAUGCGGCGGAGAUGGACCCCGAUGACUUCCUGGAUGUGCUCUGCAUUGCCUUAGAGGCAGACGCCGAUCAGGGCUCCGGCUUGGAGGAGACUGCGGAGGAUUCCGGAUCAUCCCUAGGCAGCGACUCCGAGGAGGGCCUCGGUGGCCUCGAUGGCUCCCACGCCGAACCCGAGUCGGAUGCCGGAGAUGCGCAGGAAGGGCUUUCCAACUCCUCGGAUGAUGGUGUGGAGGCUGCGGCAGGUUUGGUGGGCCAAGUUCGAAGCGACCUGCGUGUGGAAGACAGUGGCCAAGCAACGCGAACGGACGAGGAGGCGUCGGAGGACAGGAAGAAAACCGAUGAGCAGCCUCCACAAAAGAGUCCUUCCGGUGUUCCGCGUGACGGGCCCAAGCGCAGCUCCAUCUUCGCCUCCGUGGGGAAGUCGAUCGCCGCCCUGGGGAUGAGGCGUGGAUCUGUGACGGGUCGACGCAACUCAGCUCUGGCUGCGAGGCGUGCCAGUCGUGUGGAACGUCGAACGUCGAAGCUCCAUCUCCCAGAUGAUGACACAGCUGACGUUGCUUCGACUUCUAUGCCGGUGGGAAAGUUCAGAAGUAUUCGCCGAAUGUCAAGUCAUGCUGCCAAUGUCGACGAACCCUCUCCGAGCCAUUCCAAGCUGAUGAGGGCGAGCGAGCGACUCCAGCGUGAGGUCGAGAUUGCGUACCCGACAUUGAUGCCGCUGUGGCCUGCCUUCGAAGAGCUCGAAUUCCAGCCUCACCUGCAGGCCAAGCGGAAGCAUCGGAGGCGCUCUAUCCUUCACUCGGCCACGACAACCGGACUGGGAGGAGAAGAGGACAAACACCACCACCGUCGUGAGUCACUGCCCCAGCAUCCGCGCUUCUCUAUCGCUCCAGGUCUGCCACCACAAAUCUCGUUCGACGAGAAUACUGGGAUCAUCAGAGGCUGCCCGUUGAUGGAGCACGUGGCGGGGUGCACCUACACGAUCUCUGUCUGGGAUCGCACCAGCAGUGAGGAGGCACUAGGCAAGUGCUCGGUGGCCUUCGCUGUGGCUCCUGCGGAGGUCGCAAAGCUGUGCAAUGCCGCCUUUGCUCAGGACGCCACAAGCUCGAAAGAGGCACAUGCCGGCUAUCCAUCCACGGCUGUCGCGCCAGAUCCUGCGACCCCUUCGACGAGGGGAGAGGAGAUCCAAAGUCCGAAGCCUGCGAGCACUGCGAGCAUCCCAAGUCGAGGACUCGAUGUUCCCAAGAGGUCGCCCUUGGCCCGUGUCCAGCCACCAGUGCAGUCUGCAAGGACAGCAAGGCCGUGGAUGACUCCAUACGAGUCGCUGAAGACACCUUGGCAGAAGCCUUCGAGACAAGCGGGCGUCAUCUGCCUUGGGCCGCCACUCAAGGACCGCGUGGCGCCGUCUGCACCCGGGCAGCCAGGAAGCAAAGGUCGAUCCGUUCUGCCUCCAGUGCACCUCUCCACUCCACGUGGCACCGGCGGACCGCGAAUCUGA